AUGGCGGCGGCGGGAGGUUGGCUGAGGAGCUGCGCGAAGCAGCUGAGAAGCAUGCCAGCGUACUUGGCUCCUUGGAGGGCUUCUCCGUGUGUCUUUAGAUCCUCCAAAUCGGAACUCAUGCCAAAUCUAGCCAGUGAUGGAGUUGUCUGCGCUCCGCUUCAAACAUUCACCGAAGAGGAGGCGAUGCUGAAAAAUAUGGUGACAAAAUUUGCUCAGGAACGAGUUGCACCUUUGGUGCAAAAAAUGGAUGAGAAUUCGAAAAUGGAAGACUCUGUAAUACAAGGAUUGUUUGAACAAGGGCUGAUGAGUAUUGAGCUUGGGGAAGAAUAUGGAGGAACUGGAGCAUCACUUUUCUCAGUCAUAUUGGUGGUAGAAGAAUUGGCCAAAGUUGAUCCAGCUGUAGCUCUUCUAUGUGAACUCCAAAAUACACUAACAAAUAAGUUGUUUACCACAUAUGGAACAGAAGAACAAAAGAGAACUUACUUGCCCAGAGUCGCUAAAGAUACAAUAGGCAGUUUCUGUCUUUCGGAGGCUGGAUCUGGCAGUGAUGCUUUUUCUUUGAAGACUCGGGCUGAAAAGAAAGGAGACUACUAUAUUAUCAAUGGCUCAAAGAUGUGGAUUAGCUUAGCAGAACACGCAGGAGUUUUCUUUGUGAUGGCAAAUACAGAUCCGUCCUUAGGAUACAGGGGAAUUACAUGCUUCAUAGUAGAUCGCAACACAGAGGGACUACAUGUAGGGAAGAAGGAGGACAAGCUUGGAAUCAGAGCGUCUUCUACCUGCCCAGUAACAUUUGAAAAUGUUAAGGUUCCUGAGACCAAUAUCCUGGGACAGGUUGGACAAGGCUAUAAGUAUGCAAUUGGAAUGCUAAAUACCGGCAGAAUAGGUAUCGCUGCACAGAUGUUAGGACUGGCACAGGGAUGUUUUGACCAUACAAUUCCCUAUACAAAGGAGAGAGUCCAGUUUGGGAAAAGCAUAUUCGAUUUCCAGGGGAUGCAACACCAGAUAGCUCAGGUGGCCACGCAGUUGGAGGCAGCAAGGUUGCUGACCUACAACGCAGCCCGUCUUGCGGAAACAGGAAGGCCGUUCAUAAAGGAGGCAAGCAUGGCCAAAUACUAUGCUGCUGAGGUUGCAACACUGACAACUAGUAAAUGUAUUGAAUGGAUGGGUGGCGUUGGAUUCACAAAAAAUUAUCCAAUAGAAAAGUACUAUCGUGACUGCAAGAUAGGUACAAUAUAUGAAGGAACUUCAAAUAUCCAGUUGAGCACCAUUGCAAAAAGCUUAGCACAGGAGUACUGAAACCAUAAGGACUUCUUGACUGUUAACGGAAAUUAUUUCACUAAACACUCAUUGUGAAUUACACUUUUAUUUGUAAUUAUAAAAAUCAUAAAUAAGAAUACAUCAUCACAGACAAAAUCAUAAGGAAAUCCAUUAAUUCCCCAUUUCAGGGCAGUGAGUAUGUAAUUCAUGUGAAAUCAUGAAUUCCACGUUCAAAUCCAAAUCGUGGGUUGAAAGUAUCUCUUUCUGCCUGAGACACUUCUAAGGUAAUACAUUGGCUGAAAUUAUUUCGUUGCCUUAGGUUAUGCAGACAGCGUAUCUCCACUUUCAGAUUUCAAAGGAAAACAAAAGAAGCCAAAUGCUUGGCUUGCCUGGUGUGAAAGGUUCUGUUAAGCCACCUGGGAGAAAGGACUCUACACGGGCAGCAGAACUGUUGCAUGGCGUGAAGCUGCUCUUUGGUCAUGAUGCUCUUUAUUAGCAUGGGGUAGAGGAGAGGUAUGUGGAAAGAGAUAGAAGAGAUGGUUUCCUCUCUCCCAGGUGGAGCGAAGUCUGUGGAGCUGCUGUAAUUGGAGUAAUUUUUAUAGCAGCCCUUAGUGUGUUCUUAAGUAUAUCUUGGUAAUUAAGCCCUUCCAGCCCCAGUUUGUAGUAUUGAAAGGUGGAUAAUAUCUACCUCCCUUUCCAGCCUUCUCAGCUGUUAAGGGUUUUAAUCUAAGAGGCUAUUUAUAGUUCUCCUUUCAUAAAAGGUUGAGUUGAAAUCUUUGUGAAAUGGGGUUAAAAAAGCUCUAGUAGUUCUGCAAAAAGACAGAGAUAUAAGCUAGGUAAUAGGAAUGCUGUGAUACUACCUCACAGUGGCCUUUCCAUGUUCAGUGCAUUUUACAAACUUUAAUCCUCAGAGCCUUUGUGGGAGUUAGGGAGGCACUGUUAAUUUGCAGCCUAGAAAACUCGCUCAUGGAAGUUAGUGGUUCUCUAGUGAAG